AAGGAUAUUUUGUUCAACUGACCGUAGCAAGAGGCGCGUGAACCACGAAAGGAAAGUUAGAUCGCUUUUGGCUCGUGCAUACCCUUCAUACAAGAAUUAAUACACCAUGGGGAAAAAAGACAAAACUGAAAAUAGCCCUGAAACGGUUAACAUCGUGGAACUGAACCCGUUUCCCGAAGGCGGCUGGGGAUGGCUUGUUUGCCUCGCUGGGUUCACCGCACAGUUUAUAAUUCUAGGGAUACAGAAUAACACUGGGAUUUUAUAUACUUGUUUGCUGACCGAGUUCAAAGGACGAAAGGGAGAUACAGCAUGGGUUUUAUCUAUUGGUCUCGGGAUGAUGUUUCUCUUCUGUCCAAUCGCAUCAUCUUUGUGCGAGCGCGUGGGAUGCCGGGUAGUCGCCAUUGCUGGUGGUUUGCUAGGUGUCCUGGGAUUUGUUUUAUCAUCGUUUGUUAAAGACCUGUACUUGCUAUACCUGACGUUUGGUGUACUAUGGGGGAUUGGCUCUAGUAUGAGUUACCUCACUACACUGAUGAUGCUGCCAUUCUGGUUCAAAAAACGAGUUAGUUUGGCAAAUGGUAUCGUUACAGCAGGAAGUGGUAUCGGUACGAUCGCAGUUGGUCCUCUCAUGUUUUUGCUUGUAAACAAACUAGGCUGGGCCAAUUCUGUGCGUGUCCUUGCAGCACUAGUUCUAAUAUGUGCCUUUACUUCAACCCUCUACAAGAAGCCCGCCAUUGAUAAUAUCACGACUAAGAGCGCAGAACUCGAGGCGCCGAAGAAAGAAAAGAAACCACUUUUCGAGUUCUCGGUAUUGAAGAACAAGGCAUUCCUUGUGUGGUGUGUCUCUCUUAGUGUUUUUAUGUUGGGGUACUUCGUUCCUUUUGUUCAUUUGCCUGGCUACGCCAUGGAAUGUGGAGUCUCUAGCGAACAGUCCUCGACUCUCGUCGGCAUGAUGUCCAUUGGAUCGACAUUCGGUCGGCUCUUCUUCGGCAAGCUCUGUGAUCAUCCCCGAAUCAAUCGUCUAUACGUCUUCCAGAUAGCUUUCCUUAUCAUCGGCAUCGCUCACACUCUCAUGACAUUAACAACGAGUUAUAUAGGAUUCGUUUCUUACAUGGUCGUGUUUGGUAUCUUUGAUGGUUGUUUUGUCGUCUUACUGGGUGUCCUGUGUGCUGAUAUAGCUGGUAUUGACAAGGUUGCUGCUGGAAUGGGUGUUCAAUUCUUUUUCAUGGCCAUCACAUGUACGGCUGGACCUCCCCUUGCAGGAAUAGUAUACGACAUUUCCAGCUCGUACCAGAUUGCCUUCUAUGCUUCAGGAGCGAGUGCAACUAUCGGCUGUUGUUUACUGUUUUUAGUUCCAAUCCUCAUGCCCGAUCCAGCUGCAGAUGAAAUACGCAUGCGUUCUAAUACUGUUACAUCACGUGACAGCGAAAAGCAAUUAUUGAACAAUACGCGUUCACCAGUUUUAUCACAAGACUCGAAAUUCGACUAUGAUAACGAGAGUAAAGACCAAAUGGCUCCGGUUAUUACGUUACGGAGCGGAGCUACACGACCCGCCAGUAUUAGAAAUUCUUACUUUGAUAAAUAUUGGGACUUUCCAAAGAGAGCAAGUUCUAGUAGUUUCUUUGGUCCUAGUGCGCCUUAUGGGAUGAUGCCGAUAUAUCCUAAUGACGAAACACUUAUAGUGGUUGAAAGGAUAUCACAAGUGUAACACGCAUGCACAGGUUCGAUAAAUACAUCAAUGAAUGACUAGUUCAGUGAAAGCGUAUUGAAAUUGCUUACAGACAAGAAUCAUGUAUAUUCAACUGAUUGCUUCAAGCACUGCAAUCCUGACAAGAAAUAUUUGUGGAUGUUAUAUGCAACAAAUGAUAUUGGAGCCAGCAACUGACGCCAUAAUAGACUUAAAGAUACAGUAUAUUCACCUUGAUUGCUAUGAGCACUGCAAUUUUGCCAAAGAGGGCAACACUCGUGGAUCGAUAAUAUGCAACAAAUGACAUUGACGCGAUCAUAGACUCCCAUGCAUAACUUAAAUCUGAGACACAUUUGUAUGUACUUUUUAAAAAUGUUAUUGAGCCUUCAAAUUAAAGAAGGGUAAAGCUUUGUAAAAGUUUUUUUAAAUAAAUAGUUGUGUUGUAAAAGAAUUAAAAGAAUUUUGAGCUGACUUCUUUUUAACGCUUCUACCGGUUCUUUCUUAUGCUUGUUCCUAGAUCCGUUUCUUGAAGCUCAGCUCAGUUCUACCAGCUUACGUUUAUGUGGCUCAGACAAAAUUUUCAAUCGUGCUUAAAUCAAUUUGAUAAAUAAGGUUCUCAUUGUUAGGGAAUGACAUUUUUAUGCAAGACAAUCUGGAAUCAUURGGCAAAAGUUUGUAUUAGGGAUCUUUGCUUAAGAUAGGAUAAAUAUAGUAUAGAAGCCGUAUAAUAUAGUUAUUUAUAUUUUAAAACGAAUACAAAAAUAAAGACAUCAGUUUACAAGA